AUGCUGAAAUCGAUUCGCAUGCAGAUCGCCCUGCUGGCGAUUGUGCCGCUAUUGGCCUACGGUGUUGCGACAUUUAUCGCGCUCAACGAGGCCUACACGGAAAGCCGGGUUGCCGCCGAUAUCUAUCCGACGGCGCUGAUGGCCGAAAAAUCCGAGGCCGUGCUGCAUGAAUUGCAGAAGGAGCGGGGCAGGACUGCCGUUCUUCUUGCAUCAGGCUACUCCGAUGAGCCCAGGGCACUCCUGGACAGGCAACGCGGCGCAACCGACAAGGCGCUUGACGACCUGCGAAAGACGGUUGUUGAUUUCAAUGUCGGCAAUCCCAAGCUUGUUGAAGAAGUCCGCGCCACUGCAAGCGGGUUGGACACCAUCGCAGGGCACCGCUCCGGAAUCGAUGGCCGGAUCCUGAACGGCAAGCAAAACCUGGAAUUUUAUUCAGGUAAGAUUCGCGACCUGAUCCUGAUUAUUCAGGAAGCCCAGCAUGCGAGUGCGGAUCCCGAAUACGCCGAACAGAUGACACCAUUCCUGCUGCUCACCGAAGCAAUCGAGGCAGGUGGGCUGGAACGUGCGCUUGGUGCUCAGCUCUUCACGAUCAUCGAGAAGAACGGAGAAAUACCAGUUGAUCGGUUUCUUGCCUAUUUUGAUCGCUUGUCGGUUGAAACCACGUUUCUGGAGAACUUCAAGAGUGUAGCGACGCCGGAAGAGCUCGCAUCCUACAACCAGAUCGUGGUGGGACCGGCUGUCAAUCAGAUCGCGGAGUGGCGCAGUGUUCUGCGCAAAUUGCCGCAGACGCAGGACGGUCAGGGGAUCGAGGGAUCCGUCUGGUUCGGCAAGGCGACCGAACGCCUGAACCUGAUCCGAGAGACAUCGCUGGGGAUGCUCAAGGCCGGAGAACUAAGAGCACAGGAGCUUGCUGCUGCCGCGAUUUCCCACCUGAAUUAUGUAAUUGCCGAAACGCUUGCUGUUAUCCUUCUGACCCUUGCAAUAUGUGUCUGGCAGCUCCGCAGCGUCAACGGUGUCCUGGCAAACCUGACAGCCAACCUCGUGCGCAUUUCCAAUGGUGAUAUCGAGUUCAAGAUGCCCUACGGCGAGCGUAGCGACGUCAUUGGGGAUCUCGCGCGUGCCGGUGGUGUUUUUCAGGAGAACGCGAGGGUGCGCCAGAAACUGGAGACCGAAGCUGCCAAGGAACGUGAUCGCGAGCGCAUGCGCCAGAAUCACGUUGAGGAAUUGAUCAACAAGUUCAAGGAUCUGAUGAACAGCGUUACAGGCGAAGUUCACGAAAAGACAGGCACCAUGACCGAGAUUGCUGCGCGUGUCCGGUCGAUCUCGCAAGAAGCAUCUGGAGCUGCAACACAAGCCCGCGAUGCAUCCGCCUCGUCAUCAAACAACGUUCAGACAGUCGCAGCCGCAGCCGAAGAGAUGUCCGCCGCGAUCCAGGAAAUCAUGAGCCAGGCCGAUCGUGCCAACACUGUCAUCAGCGACGCGACGGGUGUGGCGCAACGAACUGAUCAGAGUGUUUCAAGCCUAGCGGAAGCGGUGGAAAAAAUAGGAACCGUCGUGGAGAUGAUCCGGGCAAUUGCCGAACAGACCAAUCUCCUGGCGCUGAAUGCGACCAUAGAGGCCGCAAGAGCCGGUGAGGCCGGCAAGGGUUUCGCGGUGGUCGCGGCGGAGGUCAAGGAGCUUUCCACGCAAACCGCCAAGGCAACGGAGGAAAUCUCAAGUCAGAUUUCUUCCGUGCAGGGACUGACCGAUGAAGCCGUCGGUUCCAUUCGGAAGAUUUCCGGUUCCAUUGAGAUGAUCAGUGAAGUGACCAGUGCGAUCACAACCGCGGUCGGUGAGCAAAGCGUUGCGACGCAGGAGAUCUCGCAAAGCAUCACCAUGGCCGCGAGCGAGACGAGCAAUGCCGUCAACAGCGCCGAAAGCGUCGAUCAGGCCGUUCAGACAACUGCGGGUGAAGCUCAAAUCGUCGAUCGAAUCUCCGGCGAGGUCAAGGACGUUGCCGAUCAGAUGGCAAAGGGCAUCGAAGGGUUCCUUGUUGAAAUGGCCCAGGAUGUUGAGGAACGCCGCCGGGCCUCGCGCACGCUGGAGUCGGGUCAGACGGUAACAUUGACUACUCAAGACGGGCGCGAGAUUACGACCAGCCUGGUGAACAGUUCCGAAGGUGGUGUUGCAGUCACCAGCUUUGAAGGUGCCGACGUUGGAAUGCGCAUUACCUAUGAGGACGCGUCCGGUGACAGGCACCCCAUGGAAGUCAGGUGGGUGAAGGAUGGUAUUGCCGGACUGAAAAUCAAUGCGGCUGAAGACCACCUGUAUGCGGCGGCUUGA